CUGUGGAUGUAGUCCACUUCCUGCUUCUCUGCUCGCGGAUCAGCUGCUGCAUCCACCCUUCUCCCUCCUCUACCACAAUGUCACAUCAAACGGGCAUUCAAGCGGGGAACGAUGUAAAGGACAUGUUUGCCAGUGCCAGAAGUGGAGAUGAAUAUCGACUUGUAAAAAUUGUAAUUGAGGAUGAGCAGUUGACUUUGGGCACAUCUCGGAAAGCCUCUAAGUCGUGGGACAAAGACUAUGACCCUUUAGUGCUGCCCCUUUUGGAGGACGAUGUUCCCUGUUACAUCCUGUACCGUCUGGACUCCCAAAACAACCAGGGAUAUGAGUGGAUCUUUCUGGCUUGGUCUCCGGAUCGUGCCUCGGUGCGACAUAAAAUGUUAUAUGCUGCUACUAGAGCUACACUGAAGAAGGAGUUUGGAGGAGGACACAUCAAGGAGGAGAUCUUUGGAACAGUGAAGGAUGACUUGAGUCUGAGUGGAUACAGGAAACACUUGACCUCUCAGGCGGCACCGCUGCCCCUCACCGCCGCAGAGGAGGAGCUCCGACAGAUCAAGUUAAGCGAGGUGCAGACAGACGUCGGCGUGGAUACGAAGCAGCAGACUCUUCAGGGAGUGGCCUUCCCCAUUCACCAGGACGGAAUGGCUGCGCUUGAGAAAUUUAGAGACAAGAAAAUCAACUACAUACAACUGAAAAUUGACUUUGAACAGGAGCUCAUUAAACUGUGCAGCACUGAGCCCACUGAGAUAAAAGACCUGCCGUCCAGGAUCCCCAAAGAUGUGGCGCGGUACCACUUCUUCCUCUACAAACACUCGCAUGAAGGAGACUACCUGGAGUCCACAGUUUUCAUUUAUUCGAUGCCUGGAUACAAGUGCAGCAUUAGAGAGAGGAUGCUCUACUCCAGCUGCAAAAACCCUUUGGUCGACAUGGUGGAAAAUCGCCUCAAGAUGGAGAUUGAGAAGAAGUUGGAGAUUGAAAACGGAGAGGAGCUGACCAGUGACUUUCUAUAUGAUGAGGUGCACCCAAAGCAGCACGCGCACAAGCAAGUCUUCGCCAAACCCAAGGGUCCCGCGGGCAAGAGGGGCGGGCGCAGGAUCACCAGGCCACCAGGAGAGGGCGAUGAGGAGGACUGAAGCGCCAAACCUCACAGCAAGCACCAACGCCACCUCUACUCACCGCGGGACAGUCCUGUGACAAGGGGGGACUAGUUUAUGUUUUCUAUUGAAUGAAUAGGUUGUGUUCACGUUCACAAGUUCUGUAUAAAUGUAUCCCUGGACUUUACGGCGAUAUAAAAUUGGAACCAUUAUCUUGCCAUAGCAAUUAAGGAAUCAAAACAAAAUAUUAGUUUUUGAAUGGUCAAAAGACCUCAAAAUGGCAUCUAUAACAGGAAGCUGAAACCCAUGAAUAGUCUUUGCAGCUGUUAUGGUUAACAAUUCCAACUUGUUGGUGGUGAAUUUGAAACAAAAACAUUUUAAUUUUAACAAAACACUUUAUUAUUUUGAUGCAGCGGACUUAUUUUGCCCUCAAGAGCUAUUUAAAUAAUAUAUCUUUAUUGGAGAAAGACAAAUUUUGUUCAAAUACAUGAGAAAAAGGCAAGUAUAGGACCUUUUUUAAAUAACAAAUUCUAUCAAUUUUUAGAAGUCCUCCAUCUCAAUUUCAGCAUAUGGGUCCAAUGUUUAAAUGUCAAGACCACGUGAACACAACCUUACAAGAACUGAAUUGUGACCACCUCAAAAAUCCCCCCUAACUAUGCACGCCAAGGACACAACUGAGCAAUGACUAAAAAAAACAUGCUAUUUUUCCAUUUGUAGCUUGUCAAAUGGAGGUUUAUUCCAAACUUGUAAUCACAAUGGUCCAAAAAAAAAAAAAAAAACACACUUGCGGAUUGUAACUUGUUGCCACCUAAAAAAAAAAAAAAAGUGAACUUGCGCCAAUAUGACUCCCAAAUAUUAAGUUCACAUGCCCGAAACUCCUACCUAACUCUUUGCAUUCCUUGUGUCAAAUGAAAUGUCUAAUUGUACGUCUACUGUUGUUUUUGCACAAAUGCGGUGCUCCAAAAAGUACAGAAAAAACAUCGCCCACCCUCACUAGUGUCUAUAAUAAUGAUUCAUUUUAACAUUUUAUAUUGGAAAUUUACUUUUUUGAUAUAACUGUGGUUUACAUAAAGAGGAUAAAAACAUCUGCUGAUAUUAAACUUAUUUUUCUAUGCAAAGUGCUGUACUUGUACAUACUGUAGCUGUGUUGGGUUUGCUCUGGUGAUGUUUUGUUGAGGGUCUGGCGAAGAAUAUGGGCUUCCACCAUAACAUCUCAUUAAUGUCUCUUUAAAGGUCCUAUAUUAUGCCUCAUAUUUCAGAAAAUGCACAUCAUUAUUGUCUUUAAGGUAACAAAAUGUACUUUUUCUCUGAGAAUCAACACUCCACUGUGAUUGGCUAGAUCCACCUGUCACUCACUCAGAGCUUGACAAAGCCUGACCAAUAGGAGUAACUGUAGUAGGUGGUAAAAAUUAUGUUGUCACAAGAUCAGAUCAUAAUUAGAUAACAUAACAUUGCCCAGUUCUACUUUACAAUAUAAAAUGUGUAUGAAAGACACAAACUUCAAAAACUUCCUGGAUUACCACCUAAUGACAUCGUGCUGUGGGACAAUGUAUUGGAGCUCUGGAGAUGGAGAUGGCUGAAAUAUCAGGAUCAGGCUACUUUUACAUUAGUGAAUGAAACAAAACACUUCUAUAGAUCAGAUGUGGGAGAAAUUUUGUUUCUCAAGAUGCAAAAUGAGAAUACAGUUUUACUAUAAUGAAAAUAUACUUGAUAAAGAGCAGCUCCUCUAAAAUAUUUGAUAAAAAGAAUAAAAUGAUUACACUCUGCAGUGUUAUCUUUCAAACAAGGGUAUGAAGUGAUAUUUCAGCACUUUCGAGUGUUUUGGUCCAUUUACUUUUUGUGUGAUGCGUGAACCUUAAGACAUUUACAGGAACAUUUUAGUUCAUUUCUGACAGAUUGCUAAAAUAUUUUCUGAUAUUCCCCUAAAAAAAUCUAGAUAUUACAUUUCUAAUAUUGCUCACACCUACUACAUUUUUUUUUUCAUUAGGAAACAUCAUAACCUUGCUUAGAGUUCAAAAAGUUGAUAUUAUAGGACCUUUAAACCACAUCUAUAGGAAGCUUAUCCAUUGGUCCCAUGCAACUUUGGAGGCCAAAUGAACUGAAAGGGAUCACUGUCAAUAAUAUUAAUCAAUUGUUGCCACUAUCUCCUGUCUACUGAUUAAUAUUAGGCUCAAACUAAGCUCACCUCAUGUAAAGGGAAAUGCACCUUUACGUUCAUCAAUUUCAUUAUAACUGAGAACUGUUCAGUCUUAUUUGUUUUCUUACGAAUCAUUCUUUUAAAGAAUAAAAUAUUUAAAUC